AUGGCGCUGCAGCGCGCUCUUAGGAGGGCCUGUUUUGACGUCAAACACUUGGCCAGGCGGAACUCUGGGAUUUUAUGCGCUCUAGCUGUCAUCGUGCUGUUCGUCUUUUUCAUUAGUGGCCGCUCGAUUGGACCUAUCGGGGGUUUUCGCAAGGAUGUCGUCGAGAAACCACUAAAAGAGCAACUGGCUGAGUCACCGACUCCGCUUCCCGGCGGCACCGAUCCUAACACGUUUUUCGAUGAUUCAAAGCCGGGUAAUUACGAACCUGAGGAGCCGGAAAAGGCGACGAAUGAUCGAGGUGAGCGCGGACAGCCGGCUUAUCCCAAGGAUGACGAUGAGCGCGUACAGUCGCAGAAGGCAAUGAGUGAAUAUGGUUUCAAUACAGUCAUUUCCGAUGGGAUUCGAAUGGAUCGCACGAUCCCUGACAUAAGGCCGGACGAAUGCCGUCACUGGAAUUAUCCCUCGGAUCUGCCGACGACAUCGGUGGUGAUUGUCUUUCAUAAUGAAGGCUGGUCUCCCCUAUUACGCACUGUGCAUACCGUCGUGCUACGUUCUCCGAAGCAUUUGUUGAAGCAGAUUGUCAUGGUGGACGAUUUCUCGGACAAACCGCAUUUGGGCAAAAAGCUCGAAGAUUAUCUUCUACGGGAAUUCAAGGACAAGGUGGAAGUGACAUUGGUUCGCAACAAGGAGCGCGAAGGCCUGAUCAGGGCUCGUACAAUUGGGGCUCAACACGCAACGGCUGACGUGGUCUUGUUUUUGGAUGCCCAUUGCGAGGUCAACGUAAAUUGGUUGCCUCCGCUUCUGGCUCCGAUCAAGAACAAUCGGCGUGUAAUGACUGUUCCCGUGAUUGAUGGCAUUGACAUGAACACUUGGGAAUACCGCAGCGUCUAUGGCAGCCCUGACCGUUUGUUCAGGGGAAUUUUCGAGUGGGGUCUGCUCUACAAAGAAACCGAAAUCCCUGAUGAAGAACGCGCUGAUCACGCGCAUUUGAGUCAACCAUUUAGGUAUGGCAAUGCGGUGGCGGCAUCCUUUUUGUCCCGUGUUCUCAUGUUGGGCACGUCUACCGGAAUCAUAUGCCCUAUGAAUAUGUUGCGUGUCAUCAAAACGUGGAUGGAUGAAUAUGGUGACCAAUACUUCAUCCGCGAACCUUCUGCUCAAAAACGAACUCCUGGUGACAUCUCUGAACAACUGGCGCUCCGAGAACGCCUGCAAUGCAAAUCCUUUGACUGGUAUAUGAAAAAUGUCGCUUAUGAUGUGGUCAAGAGCUACCCUAUUCUGCCGAAGAAUCAUGUGUGGGGUGAAGCAAAGAACAUAGCAACCGGGAAAUGUCUGGAUACUAUGGGCCGCGCAAUCCCAGGGACUGUCGGUGCAACGCCUUGUCAUGGUUAUGGUGGUAAUCAGUUGGUUCGCCUGAACACGGAAGGGCAAAUGUGUCAAGGCGAAUGGUGCAUUACGACUACCGGAACUUCUUUGAAGACCGGACACUGUAGAAAGGGAUCCGUUGAUGGUCAAUUUCGCUAUGACGAGAUCACCCAACAAAUCAUCUACAAACGUGGUUCGACUUGUCUGACAGCCGAUCGGCAACAAGGCUCGUCUGAAUUGAUGCUGAAGAGGUGUGAUAAAGACAACGUCUAUCAAAAAUGGGUCUGGCGUGAAAUCUUCACCGAC